AUGUUAAUUUCUUUGACGGUUGGGAAGGUCGAUGCAGGUGUCGCUGUCUUGCUGACACAAGACAAAAGACUUAUUGAAUUUCCCUCCAUACUCCUACCCCCCAACAUCUCCUCAGGCAGCAUUGUCGAUAUUACAGUUUCGCGCAACUUUAUCACCGAACAAAAGUCAGAGGCUGCAUUUCUUGCCCUCCAAGAUUCGAUCUACGAGUCCUUCGGGAAGGAUGAACCUGUCGCUCCGGUUCUCCGCUGUCGAAAUGCCACCCAAACGUCCGUUGUCCUCGAAUGGGACCCAAUCAUGCUCGCGACGGCAGAUAUUAUCUCGCUCUCCUUAUUUCGCAACGGCCAAAAAGCAGGAAAUAUUCCGAAACCUGAAGUUAUGACAAGUACAAAAAUUAGUGGUUUGGGAAUAGACACGGAGUACACCUUUCACCUAGUGCUUCGAACUACAGCAGGAACCUAUAGCAGUGAUAGGGUUGUUGUAAGAACCCAUAAAAUGACUGAUCUUAGCGGAAUUACUGUGACUGCUGGCGUCCUACCGGCGCAGCUCCGGGACAGUUUAAGUAGGGCAGUGGAACGGAUCGGGGCUAAGAUGGCAGAUAGUGUGCGCAUCGAUACGACUCAUUUUGUUACCACCGAGGGCCACGGUGCGGCCUGGGAAAAAGCUGUCGAAAUGAACAUUCCUGUCGUCCGACCUGAAUGGGUUGAGGGCUGCGAAAGGGGAGGACGAAUUGUCGGGGUCCGACAAUACUACCUCGACGCCGAUCCACGGCAGAGACAGAUUUCGUCGGCGGACAUAUCGAUGCCUACCCAGGAGUCCAGUAGAGAUAUAUCCCUACCUAGUCCGCCAAUUGAAGAUCAUGCCGCCGAGGCAACCCAGUCUCAACCGCCCACUCCGCCUCCCAAAACAGAUGCUGAAUACUAUGGAAAGAAAGGUCAAAGUGAAGACCGGGAACAAGAGAGUUCGCCGAAUUCCCCCAGCAAUCUCCCAGGUCGAGGGGAAAAAAGCAAUCAGGCUGAACGUCGGUCUACUACAUCUGCCCCUUUAUCCGAUUCUGAUGAUGGUCAAAAGACGUAUCAGUUGGCCGAUCCAGGUCUCUCAACGCCAGAGAACUCCAGCUUUCAAGACGUCGCCCUCUAA